GCUCCGCCUCCCAGCCAAGCGUCGUCUCUUCAUAGGAGUGAAGCCAACGGUCGGGUCAACGUCGACAAACAGCCAACGGUCGAACUUUCGCUAACAUUCAGCUACAGACGAACAACCGUUCUCACAUUCCGAGCUUUACCCGUUGGUCAUCGCCUCGUUAUACGUUACCGUAAGUGACUCACUGGCUCUAACGUGCGCGUGUAACCGUUUACAUCGACGUCUCCGGAACAAAGGCUUCAAGCGACAGUCGAGCGGCUUGUGGCAAACGCACCACCAUGACUAAGGGAGACGACUCUUACACGGAAAUCGCUCACGUCCGUCAGGGUGACGUAGUCGACGUCCUCUUAGACCAGACCAGCUCGGCCUCGAUUCGCUCCCGUUCACGAUCCAGAAGCAGCGGGGGCAAAAACAGGCGCUCCCUGGGCUCUGGCCACAAGGGGCGCAGCGGCCACAGGAGACGUCGUAGGUCUUCCUCGUCUUCAUCCAACAGCCGAUCCUCUUCUCAGACCCGGUCCCGCUCUCACCCCCGUUGCCACAGACCUUCCUCCCGUUGCCGCUGUGACAACCAUCGCAGGGCUCGCCGCAGUCGCCGAUCCCCACAACCACGGCGCCACAGGGCCCCAUCAGGCUCCCCGUCCCCCUCCAGGCGACGCAACGGGUCAUCCAGCCGUCGGAGCCGGCACAGGACGGUUGUGAGCAGGUCUUCCACAUCCCCGCCCAGAACCCACAGCAGCAGCUCAAGGUCCGGAUCUUCAGAGCCUUCUGUCAACUUGAGUUUUGAUGGAAAACCAAUCCAGGCUGCAGGCGACAAUGCUGCCACAAUCCUAGGAGUGGAGAAGCUGGAACUUCCUGAGAGUGUUGAACCAAUCCAGUCAGAGCAGGUGUCAGAGUCCCAACAGACGUUGCGAGAGAGAUGGGUGAGACAAGACCCUGAAAAGACUCCGUCAGAGAGCAGUGAUGCGGAGACUGAUGAUAUUUUCAGCCGAAGGAUGUCCCCAAAAAGGAAAAUAAUCUCUUUCAGCAUUAAUAACACCGUGUUAAAACCAACAAUGACAGCAUCAUCGGGUGCUAAGGUAACUUCCAGAGUGGACAGCUAUGAAAGCAGGAGGCCCUAUGGCCACUGGAUGCCAGUCAAAGCACGUCACACCUCCAGUGCACGCAAACACACACUCGCCAUGUCACACUAGUGUGGCAGAGUACGUGGACGCUGUAAAAACUGUAGAUAUUUUGUACAUAUGUACAUUUCAUGGUGGACAUUUUAUUUCAGAUGAAAGAGUUGUGUGAGAAGAAGUGAAGAUAUCGAUCAGGUGGGAUUAUUUGGUUUUUCCCUUUGUUGUAUAUUGUGCUUCAAUAAAGAUUUAUUUGA